AUGAAUACUAUAAGGUCAGGCUGCAAAAAAGGUGGUAGAGUGUCUAUCUAUCUAUUGUAUUGGUCGAGUCUUGCUUUGUUGGUGUUGGAUUGGAUGGAUGGUUGUAUGUCUCUUUCCUUCUGUUCUCUAGCCUCUCCUAAUAUACACAUCAUUCUUUACACUAACCAUCAAAAUCCUUAUAGUCCCAACAAACAUACAAAUUGUUUAUUAUUAAUGUCUUUCCAACAACAACAACAACAACAUGGUAAUGAUCGUCCAAUCAAUAAGGAUGAUCAUAAAGAGAAGAUGUUGAUUAAAUCGAUUUUCGAGGAGGACAAAAAGGGUCGCUCUCAAACUAUGAUCGUUUAA